AUGGAGGACGCCUUUGCUGGGUCGUGCGUGCAGAGCCUGUUCGAGCCCAAGGCGGACCUCUCCCUCUGCGUGAACAAGUCAAUCAGGCUGUUCGUGAAGGAGCUCCCCGCGCCGCCGCCGGAUAAGGCAGACGGGGUAAAUGCGGCAAUCGCGGACGACGGGGCAGAUGUGGCAGUCUCGACAAACGCCGCAAACUCGGCGAACGAGCGCAGAGAAAGCCUGCUGAGCGAAAACCUGUCUCUCCUAAACGGGUACGCCUACGUGAACCGAAUAGGGAGCAGCAUAAAUCUGCUGCACACAGAACUGCAUGGCAUGAAGAGAGACUUCCUUUUUCAAAACAAACAAACAAAAAAAAAUAUAAAAAAGCUCAAGGCCGUGCGGGAAGAAAAUAAAAUCUACCAGAAGCUACUACACGAAAUGAAAAAGGAUCGAAGGAGGAAAGAGACCUACGAAUUGUUAUGCACAGAAAUUAAAACACUAGAAGAAGUAAGUUACCUUAACAAAAAACAAGAGAUAGAGAAGAGAGACAUUCAGGACUUGCAGCAAAAAAUGAAGGACAUUGAGGACACCAUUCGGGUGAAUGAUGAAAACAUCCAGCGGACCAUUCGACAGAUUAGCGACAUCGUCUCGACGAAUUUGCAGCCCUGAGGGGCGCCACCGCGGGUUGGCCUCGUCGGGGGUGCGUCACCGUUGCGUUGUCGUCCGCGUCAUCUCCGCCAUUUGUACCAUCCGCUGCUCCACCCCUUUUGUUCACCCCUUUUGGGCGAUGAAAACGCGCCCCCCACCGCAGGGCAACUCCCCCUCUCCAGUGUUUCUCCCCCCUUUUUUUUAACCCCCAAAUUCUGUACACACAUGUGUCCUUCUUCCCCUGCGUGCUUCUCCACCUACUCGACGACGCUCUUGUGGAGCUCCUUGUACAACUCCAGCUCUCUUUUUUUUUCGUCCAGCACGCUGCAAAGGGGUGUACAUACAGGGG